CUGGUCAUUCUUUUUCGCAUACACACUUCCGUCCCUCAAGCACUCCACUUCUCAAACCCUACAUCAUGGCAUGGAAGCUGAUUUUCAUCUUUCUGUCUGCAUGCCCAGGUGCCUCUCCUCUUUCCAUCUUCCAGCCCCCCAGCAUCCAGGCCCAGGAGGGCGGCUCUGUCUCCCUCUCCUGUUUGUUCAACAUCAGUCAGGAGGGCCCUGCCAUUGGCUUUGCCACCUGGUACCUGGAUGUAGUAGCCCCAGACAGGGAGGUGAAUAACAAGACAUUGGAAUUCAGGGGCCGUCUUGAAGGCUCUGAUCAAGCCCAGUUCCUCUGGGACCGGCUGAUUGAGCUACGGAUACGGGACAUCAGAGUAUCUGAUGCUGGACUCUACCUGUGCAAGGUGGAGAUACUGGGGUCAGGGAGCGGAACUGGAGAAGGGACCAAGCUGGUGGUGAAGGAAGAUCUAGGCUCUCCUUGGCCAAAAGUGUUCCCACUCUUCCUUCGGGCGGCCCUCUACAUUUUCAGCUUGGCUUUUGUGGUGAUAGGGACCACUCUGUAUUACAAGAGACAAGUCGCAAUCACCAAAGGACACCAGAGUACCCUGUUACCUAGAACUUCCCAAGAGAAUCCCAGUAAACCUCCAGCUACCCCAUAAUCAACUACUUUUGUCUUUUCCCUUUUAUGCUUCCAGAGGUCCUCCUCUCCCCAGACCUGUCUGUUCCCAUACUCUAUAAACUCCCUUCUUUUAAGCUCAGAAUUUAGAGUUUAAUUGGUUGGGGGAGGGUAAGGGAAACAAUUCCUAACAAUGAAGAACGCAGGCUAGCAGCUUUGUGCAGUGGGAAGAGCACCAUAAAUUUGGAGUCAGAAGAUCUAGGUUUGAAGUCUGGCUCUGAAACACACUGACCAGCCCUAUGUCUUUGGGCUAGUCACAUCAUCUCUAAAACUCAAUUUUCUAAUCUAUAAAUAAAGUUAUUGGACUAGAUUAUGUCUAAGGUCCUUCCAGCUCUAACCUCAACCUGUUCCCACCCCAUCCUAGAGUAUAGCUCAAAACUUUCCUCCUCUCAGAGGUACUGGCUGGAGGGAAUUUUUUAAAAUGUAUUAAAAUUUUAUUUAUUUAUUUACUUACUCA